CUGGGGGAGGCGGGAUAGGCUGGGCGCGGCCGGUGCUGCGGACCCGCCACAGCCCUCCAGGUCGCUGCGGACCCGAGGCCUGCUUGUCUGCCCGCGGCGCCAUGGGCAAUUGCCACACGGUGGGGCCCAACGAGGCACUGGUGGUCUCAGGGGGCUGUUGUGGUUCCGACUAUAAGCAAUAUGUGUUUGGCGGCUGGGCCUGGGCCUGGUGGUGUAUCUCGGACACUCAGAGGAUUUCCCUAGAGAUUAUGACGUUGCAGCCCCGCUGUGAGGACGUAGAGACGGCCGAGGGGGUAGCUUUAACUGUGACGGGUGUCGCCCAGGUGAAGAUCAUGACAGAGAAGGAGCUCCUAGCCGUGGCCUGCGAACAGUUCCUGGGCAAGAAUGUGCAGGACAUUAAGAACGUUGUCCUACAGACCCUGGAGGGCCAUCUCCGCUCCAUCCUCGGGACUCUGACUGUGGAACAGAUUUAUCAGGACCGAGACCAGUUUGCCAAGCUGGUGCGAGAAGUUGCAGCCCCUGAUGUUGGCCGUAUGGGCAUCGAAAUCCUCAGCUUCACCAUCAAGGACGUUUAUGACAAAGUAGACUAUCUGAGCUCCCUGGGCAAGACCCAGACCGCCGUGGUGCAGAGAGACGCAGACAUCGGUGUAGCAGAGGCGGAACGGGACGCAGGCAUCCGGGAAGCUGAGUGCAAGAAGGAGAUGCUGGACGUGAAGUUCAUGGCAGACACCAAGAUCGCUGACUCCAAGAGAGCCUUUGAGCUGCAGAAGUCAGCCUUCAGCGAGGAAGUCAACAUCAAGACAGCUGAGGCCCAGUUAGCCUACGAGCUGCAAGGGGCCCGAGAGCAGCAGAAGAUCCGGCAGGAAGAGAUCGAGAUCGAAGUGGUGCAGCGCAAGAAGCAGAUCGCCGUGGAGGCGCAGGAGAUCCUCCGCACCGACAAGGAGCUCAUCGCCACAGUGCGCCGCCCCGCAGAGGCCGAGGCCCACCGCAUCCAGCAGAUUGCCGAGGGCGAAAAGGUGAAGCAAGUCCUGUUGGCACAGGCGGAAGCCGAGAAGAUUCGCAAAAUCGGGGAGGCAGAGGCAGCGGUCAUCGAGGCAAUGGGCAAGGCAGAGGCUGAGCGCAUGAAGCUUAAGGCUGAGGCCUACCAGAAGUACGGGGAUGCAGCCAAGAUGGCCUUGGUGCUGGAGGCCCUGCCCCAGAUCGCUGCCAAAGUCUCCGCCCCUCUGACCAAAGUCGAUGAGAUUGUGGUUCUCAGCGGGGACAACAGCAAGGUGACGUCAGAAGUGAACCGGCUGCUGGCGGAACUGCCUGCCUCUGUGCACGCCCUCACUGGCGUGGACCUCUCCAAGAUCCCCCUGAUAAGGAAUGCCACUGGUGCACAGGUCUGAGGUCCCCGCAGACUCGCAUCCUUCGACAGCUGCCUGCCCUUCAUCACAGGGACAACGAGGACGUCACUGACUCUGGUGCCUUAUUUUGUAGGGACCAGAAGUGCUGCGUGUUCAGGCCAUCCGUGGCUCCUUCCCUUCUCUCCUGUCUGCCU